CACUGUACUGUGCAGUGAUGGUGUUUGCCUUCCUCCUCAUCCCCUUCAUGUACUUCUUCUAUGAGGAGAAGGAUGAAGAUUCAACUUGCAGAUCAAGGUGCUGUGCAGCACUCAAGUUUACAGUGGCCUUCAUCAUUGUGGCUGCCAUUCUACUGCUGAUUGGCGCCUUGGCUCCACUGUCGGCUCCCCCUGCCAAGAACUCCACUGACUGGGAACGGCUGCACUUCCUGUUCAACGAGCUGGGAUCAAACCAUGGGGAGGAUGCCAUCUCCUUUGCCAUCAGUAGCUUGACUUUGUUGGGGAUGUUGGCCCUCAUCACUUACACAGCCUAUGGAAUGACUGCCCUGCCCUUUACCUGGAUAAAGGGUGUGAGAGCAGCAAAGAGGGAGAGACUGGAGGUGUGUGAGGACAGGGAGGACUUGGAAGAGAGGAGGAACCGCCUUCAUGUAAAGUACCAAGACGGAAGGCGAAUGACCAACCGUGAUCGUAAAGAGAUGGACGAAUUGGAUGAGAAGCUCCACCUGUUGCGUCGGCGUGAGCGCCACCUGCUGUCAGCCGAGCGCAGCUGGCUCAACAAGUGUUUCAUCGUCUGCAGGCCCUUCCAGAUGGUGUUUGGGAUUGUGUUCAUCUUGUUGGCUCUCAUCAUCUUUGUGUCCCUCUUACUCUCAUGCAUUGAUCGGAUCCUGCAUGGUCUUGGCUACAAGAUGGGAUAUGCUCUCCCUAAACCUCAGCUGCCCAACCCUGUAGACAUUGUCAUGGUCAACACACAGAAGGUGUUCCCCCUGGACUAUAUCCUGAUCUCAGCCAUCAUCAUGUACUGGGUCUUCUGUUCCAUGGCGGGGAUCAAACAGAUGGGCAUAUGGUUCUUCUGGAUCAGGAUGUAUAAGAUCCGGGUGCAGCGGACGCGCCCCCAGGCCCUGCUGUUCAUGUGCAUGAUCCUGAUGCUGAUCGUGCUGACCAACAACAUCAUGCUGUACACACUGUCUCCACAGUACGUCACGUUUGGCAGCCAGCACUACUGGCAAAACGAGACCAACCAUGCCACCAAUGAGACUUUUGCGACACUUUUGCCCUGUAAUCUCAAUGCAACACAAGCGGAGUGCACCAUGACCAGAAUGAGCACGUUGACAACACGAUUCUUCUACAAGGUCUGGUUCUUCGGAGCCUGUUACUACUGGGGCACCUGGGGCUUCCUGGGGAUAUUUGUCCUGGGUUUCAUCGUGUCCAUCGUGAAGGGGCGCCGCUCGGCCAUCGAGGAUGAGGUAGAGUCUGACGACUCGGACGACUCGGACGAAGAGCUCUUGAGAGCAUAAGUACAAUCGGGAAAAAUCCGGCUCGAGUGUACCUAUACUCACAACAAUGCAGAGGAGACAACCACAGAGUACAUGUACAUACCUGUCAGCUCACACAGUGUUGGUGCUGUGGCUGGUGGGAAGGAUGGGAGUACCAGUGAUGAGACACUACAGGACACUGGGAGGGCAGAUUUAGAUAACACAACUGAUGUAUCUGAGCAAGAAGAUAUGCAGGGGUAUAAAACUGAUAUUGAUAUUGAUACUGAAGCUAAGAGGUCAGGAGAGAGGCUAAUAUAGGAUCGUAAUUUUUGAUUGGAAACUUCUGUGUAUGUAAAUUUUGAAUCUUCUUGGUUGUUAUUGUAAGGCCAUGUUGAUGUGAUUAUGAAAUUAUGGAUGACAUCAUCAGUGGGAAGCCCAAAACUGAUGCAAGCAUGUGCCAUGUAAAUGAAAAUAAAAAUUAUGAAGUCUUAGUGGUAAGGAAAGGAAUUGGAAUUAACUUCGGCAUUAUAUGACUUUAGUACAAAUGUAUACGUUAGCUGAUAUUUUUAAAAGCAUACGGCAUAUACAUGUAUGUACUCACUUUACAGUUGCUCUGUACGGUUUCUCUCUCUCUAUCCAUUGCUUGAUUAUACUUCUGCUGGGAUCCCUGACGCAGAGGUAGGCAGCAGUCAACUAGUCUUCACAUAUUUACAGUAUUAUUUUUUUCAUAUUGGGACAAAAAAUGAUCCACAUCCACAUAAUCAAAUCAACAUGGCGAAAUGCAUAGAAAAGUGAAAUGGUAAUGAUAAUGCCAUGUAUUUUGUCGUACUGGUAUAUGCAGGAUCCCGUAACUUGUAUACACAAUGUACAGUUGUGCAGACAUGUACAUGUACCUUUUGUGCAGGCAAAUUAUCAUUGUGACUUCCAUAUAUUUGUGUCUGCAAAAUCUUACAGCAGAAUCAUCAUAGGUAAGGUAAGUAAGGCUGCAAAAAGUUGCUACAUCAAGUGUUUAAAGGCAUUUUGAGUAACAGCUGUUACCAAGAACCAGGUUCUUGAACUGAUCUAUCCCAAAUCCAGUCAAACUUGUACAAGUGACCACCUUCUCAUAAAGACUGCCUGGCAAACGUUGUUAUACUAUUAUUGUUUCCCAUUGACACAAACAGAAAGAAUCUUGUCAAUAGCAACCACCUGUUUACAUAGACCACAUUUUCUCGGUCCCCUUAGUGGCCUUCUUGAGCAGGUUUGACUUUGUCUUUGGGGUUGUCAGAGUGCUGCAGCAGAAAUUUAUAAAUACUAGACAAAGUUUUGUAAAGACAGUCUUUGAUAAACUCAAAGUGUUGAAUAGAAAACCGACACUUGUAGGGAAGUAGGUAACUUCAACCACAGUGAUCAUACUUGAGGUUUCAAUAGUUGGAAGAAUCUAUAAAGUUAAAUGAUACUGUAGUAAAAUACAAAUUGGUGUAUGAUGCAGAAACAUGGAGCAAGAGUGGGGUUUCAGUUGUAAAUGCAGUUGAUUGUACAUAUGCUAUGCCAAAGCAAAGUCUGUAAAUAUGUAAACCUGUGCUAUUUGGAGUACUUGUUAUAAGUUUGGUUGUGGAUAUGAAUUUAUACCUUCUUGUGCUAUCAAUAAUGAUAUACAGUGUAGCCUCUUGGGGAAUGUUGAGGGUAUACUUACUGAGGAACUCUGGCUUUACAUUGUAUGAAUUUGACAAUAAAGCUGCUGCCAAUAGAGAAAACA